AUCAUGACGGUCUUGUUAGGAACUGUAGUCGCUGUUGUACUCAUAAGUGUAUUGUUUAUUAUCCGUUUAUUCAUUGUUGUGAAGACUGGAUGGAAACAUAAAGCUGGAAGCAGAGGCUCGGUCGCUGCUCUUGUGGUCGCAGGAUCAGGUGGUCACACUACAGAGAUCCUGCGGCUGAUGGAGAGCCUGUCUGCAGCCUACACACCUCGACACUAUGUCAUCGCUGACACUGAUAGGAUGAGCGAGGAGAAAAUCUGCAGCUUUGAAAGCUCUAAACAACACUCUGACUCUGAGUCACAGUUCACUAUCUAUCGGAUCCCACGGAGUCGGGAGGUGCAUCAGUCGUGGACGUCGUCUGUUCUCAGCACCCUGACUGCUCUGUGUUAUUCCCUCCCUCUGGUCUUCAGACUGAGACCUGACAUGGUGCUGUGUAAUGGCCCGGGGACCUGCGUUCCCCUGUGCGUGGCAGGACUCCUGCUUGGAAUUCUGGGAAUGAAGAAAGUCCUGAUAGUUUAUGUUGAAAGCAUUUGCCGUGUGGAAACGCUGUCGCUUACAGGGAAGAUUCUCUACUUCAUAUCAGACUAUUUCUUUGUACAGUGGUCCAGUCUGAGGGACAAAUACCCCAAAUCCAUUUUUCUUGGAAGAAUAGUGUAAAAACACAGAAAUGUAAGAAUCAAAUAUAUAGUCAUGUUCUUGAAUAAAUGCUCUAUUUUUUUGUUGUUACGGUCUGUUUCCAUG